UUGUGUGCGCUGUGCUGGGAGGAAAACAUAACAUGUGUCAGUGACAGGCAGCGCUCAGAAAGCCGUUUGAAGGGACAGACUAGUUCCAGCUGCGCUGAUUAUUAUCAGAGAGCCUCAGAAAAAGCGCUGCAGAAAUGCACUAAUGAGCACUUCUAUUUUUGGAUGCUAUCCAGGAAUUAAACGCCGGAUAUAAUUGUUUAUGGGGGCUGCUGUCACUUCCAAGUUUUCUAUAUUUUCCUCACGUGGAAUAGAUCUUUGUUAAUUUUACUCAAGCGAUAUCCCAUAUAGGCUGACCGCUGCGCUCUCCAUGGUGCUUCACGGGUAGGUGGCUGUAGCAGAGGGAUGGACCGGAUCGGGACCACCAUGCAGAAGAAGGCUGCAGAACUGGAGCGGCUGGCUGAGGUGCUUGUCACUGGAGAACAGCUGAGGCUGCGACUCCAUGAGGGGAAGGUGAUCAAGGAUCGGAGGCACCACCUUCGAACUUACCCAAAUUGCUUCGUCGCCAAGGAGCUCAUUGAUUGGCUAAUCGAACAUAAGGAGGCCUCAGACCGGGACACGGCUAUUAAGAUCAUGCAGAAACUUUUGGACCAGAGCAUUAUUCACCACGUGUGUGAUGAACACCGGGAGUUCAAAGACAUGAAGCUGUUGUAUCGCUUCAGAAAGGACGACGGCACAUUCCCACUGGAUAGUGAAGCAAAGGUCUUCAUGAGGGGGCAAAGGAUAUAUGAAAAGUUGAUGAACACAGAGAACAACUUGAUGCAGACUAGAGAAGAGGAGGGUGUGGCCUUUGAGCGGACCCUGGUUGCUUCAGAGUUCAUUGACUGGCUUCUGCAGGAGGGGGAGGUGCCCACCAGGGAAGAGGCCGAGCAGCUGGGACGGAGGCUGCUCGAACAUGGCAUCAUUCAGCAUGUGACCAACAAGCAUCACUUUGUCGACGGGCCUCUCCUCUACCAGUACCGGAUGAACUUCCGCCGUCGCCGGCGGUUGAUUGAGCUCCUCCAGGAACGCAGCCGCACCAUCGCAGAGAGCCACGACAGCCCCUUCUGCCUCCGUAAACAGCAGUCUGAUGGAGGCAACACCAGCUUCCUCUCAGUGAGUCCCACUAAAGAGAUCAAGGUGGCUGUUGGGAUUCGCCGAAGCAGCAUGAGCAGCAGCUGUGGCAGCAGUGGAUACUACAGCAGCAGUCCGACACUCAGCAGCAGCCCGCCAGUUCUCUGCAACCCCAAAUCUGUUGUGAAAAGGCACGUGACUCCAGAGGAGCUUCUGACACCAGGAGGGCCUUUUAUUAAGAAGACGUUCACUAUUGUGGGUGAUGCUGUGGGCUGGGGAUUUGUGGUGAGAGGAAGCAGACCCUGUCAUAUCCAGGCGGUGGAUCCUGGUGGACCUGCUGCUGCUGUUGGCAUAAAGGUGUGUCAGUUUGUGGUAUCUGUGAACGGCCUAAACGUCCUCUCCCACGACUACCGGACCGUCAGCAACCUGAUCCUCACCGGCCCUAGGACCAUCGUCAUGGAGGUGAUGGAAGAGGAGCAGGUCUGACGAGUGCUGCCGAAACAAACCUGUAUGAAACUAAAGCAGAGGAAUUAGACGAGAACAUCAAACUUCUCCAAACCAAACGGGGAUAAGUUGCAACAAAGUUCUGCUUGGAUGGUGAUUUUAAUAAACAGUUCAACCUACAGAUACCUAUUAUAUCUUAAGAAGGGAAACUGUAGGAACCCUGUUCACCAAACUCAAAGGUCUGUUCCAGAUAUAAAGUUGGGAGAAAAAAAAA